AUUCUUUGACAAAACCUGUCAAACGUUUAGCAUCUCCAAAAUGUAGAAGUAGGAGUCAACAGCUCAAUAGAACAGACUAGCUGCUAGAAGUUACAAUUAUGAGGUCUAAAACAGCUAAAAAUGAGGCGUAUUUACACUUAACUGUGGACAAACUCACAAAACAAACAGCGUUACGCCACUGUCCGCUGGACUUGUCCAACCCCAGGAUGACCAAUGAAAAGGCGGGGCUCUAUGCUCCGAGCCAAUCAACAAGAAAAAAAGGCGGGGCUUGAACUCUCAGAGCCAAUCAACAGGUGAGCUGUUUGGACUGAUUUGUCCCAGCCCACGGUGGCUGUACAUCAUCUUUUUCUCCUCAGCUAGUAAAGUAGAGGGCGACAUUUUUGCGUGGAUUUAAACAUGGCAGAAGUAGCAAUUAUGCCUAAGUGGGAGAGGACAGUACGCAUGCUUUUAUGCGUCUUCGGUUUAAUCUUGUCUGUCUAUGCGCUUCACGUGGAAUUAUCCCGCGAGCACGACCCGGCUUACAGAGCGAUGUGCGACCUAGGAGAGUCUGUCAGCUGCUCCAAAGUUUUCACCUCCAGAUGGGGACGUGGUUUUGGCUUGGUCCAGUUCUUUGUUGCCCAAGAUAGCCCUCUGAACCAGCCCAACAGUGUUCUUGGAAUCAUAUUUUACACUCUGCAACUUGGCUUGGGUCUUUCCCUGUCCAAAAAGGCUGCUCUUUUCUUGGUGCUCUCUUCAUGGGUGUCUGUGGCUGGCUCGCUGUACCUCGCCUCUAUUUUGGCUUUUGUCCUGGGGGAUUUCUGCAUGGUCUGCGUGUCAACAUACCUAGUCAACUUUGGGUUGCUUUACACCAACCUCAAGCGAAGGAACGCCAUUGAUGGAAAGAAAGAGAAGGCGGGAUAAUAAUCAUUCCCACCCACAAAACUAAAGAAAAUUCAACACCUGUCUCUUUCCUGGCCCAAAGUGACAUUUCCAGUGUUACUGGCUUGUUUACGCCAUUUCAAGGCUUUCCAUCCCAAAAACAGUAUUCAUCUCCAAUGAAAAUGUAUUUUUUCAGUCCUCAUGCACUUAAUUUUAGAGUGUUGAGUAAUAAAGUUGAAUGAUUCUAUUAUUGUUUUGUAAUCUCUGAGCAAUACUCAAAAUAAUAUCAAAUAAUUAGUGCUGUACUGUGAGAAUUGAGCUUAUUUUGAUUUUUACUUUCAUAGAACUGAACAUCAAUUGCUAUACACACACCCAAAUUUUGCAUUUUUGUGCCGUUUUUGUAACAGCCACAAGCCAGCUCCAAAGAUCUAGCUAACAUGUGAGUGGUAAUUUGUGUAAAAAAAAAAACAAAAAAACUUGGUAAAUUAAAAAUGAAAUUG